GGUACACUUGGACUUUGAAAACAAUGCAAGGUGAUUAAUGAAUUAAUGCAGUCAUACUUUGAUAAGUAUACAUUUAACUUCCUUAGGACAUGAAAAUCAGGAGAUGUGAUGCAGUGUUCCUAAUGAGUGUCCAAGAACUGAGCUGUCUGCACUGCUCUUGAGGUGGCAGCUUAGACAUUGGAAAUAAAGGACUAACGAAAAAGAAACUUAAAGAAUGGAUAAGCAAAAUAGCACUGGUCUUAAGCCUCCCAAAUCUUGGAUUGAAGAGGUCUUCAGUAAAAGAGAAUGUGCACACAUUAUUCCCAGCUCGAAAGAUCCACACAGAUGUCCUGCAGGAUGCCAGGUGUGUCAGAAUUUAAUCAGGUGUUGCUGUGGAAGGCUGAUUGGAGAACACCCAGGAAUAAAAUGCAGCUGGCCUGUUUAUCAGGCUGGUUCACAGAGUGAUGGUGGAGAAUGGUCUGUGCAAAAUCACACAAAGAUGAGUCCCACAGAUGCGUUUGGUACAAUCAGUUUUCAAGAUGGAGACCACACUUACCAUGCCAAGUAUAUUAGACUUUCUUAUGAUAGCAAUUUGGAUCAGCUGCUGCACCUGAUGGUUAAAGAAUGGCAGAUGGAAUUGCCAAAGCUGGUGAUCUCUGUUCAUGGAGGCAUUCAAAAUUUCAAUCUUCCUUCAAAGGUCAAGCAGGUUUUCAGCAAAGGGCUGGUGAAGGCAGCUGAGUCUACAGGAGCAUGGAUAAUUACAGAAGGCAUCAACAGCGGAGUGUCCAGGCAUGUUGGGGAUGCACUAAAAGGCCGUACCUCACCACACCUGAGAAAGAUCUGUGCUAUUGGGAUUCCUCCAUGGGGUAUCAUUGAGAAUCAGAGGGAUCUUAUUGGAAAAGAUGUAGUUUGCCUGUACCAGACUCUUGGUAACCCACUCAGCAAGCUGAGUACGCUCAACAGCAUGCAUUCUCAUUUUCUAAUGGCAGAUGAUGGGACAGUAGGCAAGUAUGGAAAUGAAAUGAUGCUCAGGAGGAAUUUGGAGAAGUACAUAUCACUUAAAAAAAUACACACGAGAAUGGGCCAAGGUGUUCCCAUAGUCGGGCUGGUGCUGGAAGGAGGCCCCAGUAUGAUCCUGAUGGUGUGUGAGUACGUGAAGGCCAGCCCAGCUGUCCCAGUGGUGGUGUAUGAGGGCACUGGCAGAGCUGCAGAUAUCCUGGCAUUUACCCACAAGCACACAGGUGAUACAGGGGAUCUGUGCCCUCAGGUGAAGGAGGAAAUCUUAAUGAUGAUUCAGAACAUAUUUGGAUUGGAACAGAAACAGUCCAGUCAUCUAUUUCAUGUUUUGAUGGAAUGCAUGAAACACAGAGAGUCUAUUACCAUAUUUGAUGCGGAGUCAGAAGAUGAGCAGGACAUUGAUUUGGCAAUUCUGACGGCACUCUUCAAAGGUACUGAAAAGCACAACCUUUUUUAUCUGGCAUACAGCCUCACAACUUACCUUUUCAAAGUAAGGGAGUAACAUAUUUAUGUGAAAGCUGAUAGAUCCCUUACCUGCCUCCUAGGUACGAAUAUGUCUGCUUCA